AUGGAUAAAGUAUCAACACUAACAACAUUGACAACAAGGAGGCCAAAAUGGCAAUACCCUCCAGCCCAACCAACACCAAGAAUCCUCCAUUUACCUCGCAGGCCUCGCAGGAAACCACAAGUGCCAAAGGCCAAUGCCACAAGACAAAGUUCACAAAGAGACAAGAAAGGGAAGUUAGAGGCUUUGUUUGAUCAGGAAAGAGGGUUUGCAAGAGGGGUUAUGCCAAUUAUAAUGGUUAGUGGUAGCAGGGGGGAUCAGUGCUUUGAGGAGGAGAGGAGGGAGAGAGUCGAGGAGAGGGAAAGUGUGGUGAUGGAGGAGGAGAAGUGGAGGUUUCAAGCCGAGAUGUUGAGGGCGGAGUGUAAUUUGCUAAGGAUGGAGAGAGAGAUUGCUAUCAAGAAGAUGGAGAGAAGAAGGGUUCAAAUGGAGAGGAUUCUGAGAUCUGCAGUUCAAACUCUGCUUUCCGGGAGAAAAGGGAUUUGUGAUGGCAAGGAUGUGAGCAUGGUUUUGGAUGAAUUGAUUGAGAAGCUAGAGAAGUUGCAAAGAAGAUCAGGAGUUAAGGAUCUAGAGGGUCGAAAGUGUAGUAAUUUAGAUAGACAAGUAUCUCUUCUUCAAAGACGGCUAGAGAAGUUUGGAGGAGAAUCGGACGAGAUAUGUGUUAAGGAGAUCCAAGAGAUGGCAGAAGCAAGCUUGUCCAUCAAAACAAAUUGCAGUGUCCACGAGACUUUUGCUUCAAAUCGCGGUUGCAAUCAGAUGGAGAUACUGAGAAGGAAAAUGGAGGGAUUGUCGAAUGGAAGCUUGUUAGAGAGAAUGGAAGAUGAGUAUGGGUCGAUGCUCUCUACAGCCAACAGUUCUGCUGCCAAUUCUGCCUCCACUUCCAAGAGAACUGAAUUUUCCAAUAUGCCUUCAUCUUCAGCAAGACAACCAUGCAAGGAGACAAAGCCUGGGGAAGAGAAGAAAGCAUGCUCUGGGUGCUGCAAGGUUAUUGUGCGGAGAGUCAUAGAGCAAGUUCGGGCUGAGACAGAGCAAUGGUCACAGAUGCAAGAGAUGCUGGGGCAAGUCAGGAAUGAGAUGGAAGAGUUGCAGACUUCUAGAGAUUUUUGGGAAGACCGAGCACUUGACUCUGAUUGCCAAGUUCAAUCCCUGAAUUCUGCCGUGCAAGAAUGGAGACAGAAAGCCCUCUCUUCUGAAGCCAAGGAAAAUGAGCUACGAAAUCAGGUAGCAGUGCUUCAAGUAGAGCUGGAGAGGUUGAGGAAGGAAAGAGCUAGAGCAGCAUCGAGGUCUAAAAAUUUACCACCCGUUUCUUUGGAGGCUCUAAAUGAGACGGAGAAGCGAGUAUUGGUUUGUCGCUUGAAGGAAAACCGUAAUACUAAUGAUGAUUGUCGCAAGCAGAAGGAGUUCUUUAGUGAUGGCGGAAGAAAGCCACACGCCUGCACCAGUGGACAUAAUGCUACGAAACGCUCACCUUUUAGAGAUAUUGGAAAUUCAUCUCCAUUGGCGAGACAAAAUGGUAGAGCAGUUGUCCCUCUGCACUACCCUGUGCAGGAAAACUUUAACUUCUGA